AUGCCACACAUUGAAUUCGUCAAGCGAAUUCCUACGGCUUUGGAGCAGGAUUCCUAUUUUGAUGUGAACAAACGGAAUUUGAUCGUGUUUGAUGAUGAGAUGAUUGACGCCAGUAAAGACGAGCGAAUUGUGAACCUCUUUACUCGUGGUUCUCAUCAUCGCAAUCUGAGCGUGAUUUGUAUCGUGCAGAAUCUAUUUCAUCAGGGGAAAGGUAAUCGCAGCAUAAGCCUAAACAGCCAUUAUCUGGUGUUAUUCAAGAAUCCACGAGACAAAUUGCAAAUCUUGACUCUGGCGAAGCAAAUGGAUCCCGAGCAGACUGAUUUCUUAACUACUACGCAAGGUAAUUGUCGGUUGCGAACAAACGUCCUGCCCAGUGAAGAAGGCUUUAACCAAGCAGGGUUUCAAGGAAAUAUUCCUCAAGAGCUUCUAAAAUAUCUGAAGCAGCAAACUCUUUCGCCUGUCCCACUUCUUCCAGCUAUGCAAGAAAUACAAGGCAACAUGGAUGACGUGCUUUGUCGAAACGAUCUUCGGGACGAUGAAAAAGCUAAGCGAUACUGUCAGUUGCAAAACAGAUACCUGGCUUUUAAAGAACAAUUAAAUACAAGAACACGACCGGAAGAAAUAAUCCGCACUGUUCCAGACUUAACAUCAAGGACCCAAGAUUCUUCGACAGCAACGACAGCAUUCUCCACUCCCCUCAACCCCUUUAAUGUAACACCUGAAUUAACACAAGCAGUUAUCUCUCAAAAACCUGACAAAGAAAGUCUCACCCCUCCACCACCCUUAAAUCCUGCUUUCCUGACCCCUCCUCCCACAGUAGAAACCCCAUCACAACAAGGCCCGAAGCGCAAAAGGCGUCGGAUUCAAUUUCUAA